UCGUAUGAGCGGCCGUUCGUUGUCGUCAUCGCCUCCCACAUCGGGAAACAAAGACAGCGGAGUGAGAGCGCGGCGAGCAACAUGGCGAGCGUUCGGUGGUAGGCGGAUAUUUUGUCUCCGCGCGGAAACGUCGCACAUGCCGUUUGACGGCUGUCAAAGCGCAGGAAAGCGAAAGAAUGGAGCUGUUCCGCACUGAUACUCAUUUUAUCUUCGUGAAGGAGAGGUACAGCCUCUGGUGCGAUAAGUACACCGGCGAAUUCUCCGCGAAAUCAGAUUGGGAAUGGGCCACACCGAAGGAUCUAGAAUGCCUAGGAAUGUUUUACGGAAUAGUAGGCAAGAUCGAACAAGCGUCAGUAUUGGAGCCCCGCUUGAUGCUUAUAAAGGAUGUCACACCAGCGGGAGAGUUACAUGGUGGUCAUGUUGUCUACAAGAUUAAAUCUAUCGCGUUUUUACAUAUCGGUACGGAAAAUACUGAUAUCGGCCUGUUGCCUUGUAAGAAACACCAAUAUGUGUUGAAGAAAAAAGGAGCUGGUGGAUUGUUUGACGUGCCACAGAAAGCAGCCCUGGCAAAAACUUGGGGCACAAUCAAGAAUGCUACAAAUACCAUAAAGAACACCACACAACAAGCUGCUGCAUUAGCUACAUCUCAAGUGAAGUCGACAGUGAUAAAACGAAGCAUUGUAAAAGAUAAAGAAAGAUUCGAAAAGAGAAUAUUGGAAGAGUUAAGCAAGAUAUUUACUGAAACUGACUCUUUCUUCUUCUGCCGAACUGGUGACAUCACCAACAGCUUGCAACAGCAAUGUAUGGCAGAAUCCCAACAGGACCAAGGCGACUGUAACAAGCCAUUAUGGCAACGUGUUGAUGAUAGAUUCUUCUGGAAUAAACAUAUGUUACAUGACAUCAUCAGUUUAAAUACAGAUAAGGCAAAUUGCUGGAUAUUACCAAUCAUUCAAGGAUAUGUUCAAAUAGAAAAGUGUAUAGUCGAAGUGGGUUUCGACGAACAGCCCCAGCAAGAGACAUUUAACUUGGCAAUCAUAUCAAGGAGAAGCAGGUUCCGUGCUGGAACCAGGUAUAAGAGACGCGGAGUAGACGAUAAUGGCCAAUGUGCGAAUUAUGUUGAGACCGAGCAACUAGUUUGGUAUCACGAUCAUCAAGUAUCUUUCGUGCAAGUACGAGGAAGCGUGCCAGUGUAUUGGUCGCAGCCCGGAUACAAGUACAAACCUCCACCACGAAUUGAUAAAGAUGAAGCUGAAACGCAGGUAGCGUUUGAAAAGCAUUUCAAUGAAGAGCUGACAUUAUAUGGGCCAGUUUGUAUUGUCAAUUUGGUCGAACAAUCCGGCAAAGAAAAAAUAAUUUGGGAAGCUUACAGCAAUCAUGUGUUUAAUUAUAAUCACCCGGACAUAACGUACACCACUUUCGACUUCCACGAAUACUGUCGAGGAAUGCAUUUCGAAAAUGUGUCUAUUCUGGUUAAUGCAUUGGCUACAGUGCUGGCAGAUAUGGGUUACUGCUGGCGCGAUAAACAAGGUACGAUAUGCAUGCAAAAGGGCAUAUUCCGUGUGAAUUGCAUCGAUUGCUUAGAUAGAACAAACGUGGUGCAAACCGCUCUGGGUAAAGCUGUUAUGGAAAUGCAGUUCUCGAAAUUAGGACUAAUACCACCCGACGGAAUUCUGCCUGCAAACAUAAGACAGACUUUUCAGUUGCUUUGGGCUAAUAAUGGGGAUAUUAUUAGCAAGCAGUAUGCGGGGACAAACGCUUUGAAGGGAGAUUAUACGCGUACCGGGGAGAGAAAGUUUACCGGAUUGAUGAAGGACGGCAUGAAUUCUGCGAACAGAUAUUAUCAGCAACACUUUACGGACGACUUACGUCAGGCGGCGAUAGAUACGCUGCUAGGGAAUCCAAUCGACGUUGAUCGACUGAACAACGAUUGGUCACACUAUUUAGAUAUCCUUGAUAAUUGCUGUCUCGAACUUAUACCUAUGAAACCACCAAAUAUACAACUUCAACUUGCUACUCAUCCUGACUUCCUUUAUAUCACUGCCCUAUAUGAUUUGGCAAGAUAUUACUUAAAUCGCUUUAAGGAUGUCUAUAGACAAGCGACAAUUGAUAUGAUGUUGGGAAAUUCGGUGAGCGAGGAAGUGUUUCAAGAGCGCACCGAGGAAGAGGAUAAUGCAGCUACUGCGAUUCACGUGAAACUGCUGAUCGAAGACUGCAAAAAAUUGCUGAUACCCGAUCCGGAAAUUAUUCUGGGCAGUUGGGGAGUGAUCGAUGCCGAUCCUGUUACCGGCGAUCCAACGGAAACAGAGAUGGAUACGAUCUUGAUAUUAACCCGAGACAGUUAUUACAUAGCGGAUUAUGACGAUCAAAUCGACAAAGUUACGAAUUAUCAGAGAGUCCAGUUGAAUGACAUCGUUCUGGUUGAAUUCGGUCAACCUGAGAACACAGUCUCGUUUUUCAAGAACAAGCAUUAUCACUGUAUCAGAAUCAAUUACAAGGUGAACGGCGAGUACGGUUACUUCCAUAUGUUCCGCAGUACAAAUCUAAGAUUUUUCAAUAACAUGGCGGUAGUAAUUAAAACCGAAGAGGAGAGCAUAGAAUCUCUGAAAGCAAUUUGCGAAGCUAUUUCCGUGGCCAUGGAAAUAGCAGGCUUGCCGAAGGUUCCUGUGGCCAUGAAUGUCGCGUUAGAUAAGAGAAAGAGUAAACUGGUGAAUGUUAAAGGCUCUACCGGCUUGUUGGAUAUUUCAUCGUUGCCAGAACUAACGCGAAACGUGUCUGAGACGCAAUUGCUCGCCUUAAAAACAGCAGGCACAAAAGCUUUGAGCAAUAUGUCAGAACAGUUUAGCAAGUUGAACAAACUGAGUCAGAGUUUUAGCGCGAAGAAACCGAUCGAUCUGGCCAAGAGCAUAGGCGGCAAGAGAGCGGAAAAAAUGUCGAAGCCAAUCUUUACCGUAGGUGACAGAGAUAUCUCGGGUAAUGUUAAGCUGAAGAGCGACAGUAGCAGUAGCGACGAUGACGAAAAUAUCGAAAUGACGCAUAUUCACGUGAAGAAGUCGAUGAACUUCAGUCACGACAAGCAUCUGAUGGAAGCUUACACCCCGUCUAUCGGUAUUAUCAUGGGCGUGAAGAAUAAUGUCAUGGACGGUGAGGUUUGCGAUGGCAAUGGAAAUACAAAUCUGUCCACGAUGAGGCAUAACGACAUGAAUCUCGACUCAAAGCCGGAUAUGGCGAUCGAUGCGUUGCUCUUGAUACCGCAAAUCGGAUCCGGCACCAGUACUCUCAGCGCCUCACCACAGAAGACUGCUGCGACUACGCCUGAGAUCACAGUGUACGACGUGGGAGAAAGCCUAUGCGAGGACAGAGAACGGAUAUUACCACCGUCGACCUUGACGUUCUCCAGGAACAUCAGUCAUUCGACGGGAGAGAUGGACAACAAACUGUCAAUCGGUAUCAAGAGCGUCACCCUACAGACGGACAGUAGAUUGGACGAGAAGAAGAGAUCAGCGUCCGAGCAGGAUCUGACGUUAAACAUCACUUCGUCACAGAGCGAAUCCGCCUUAAAGUCCAUCAAAGAGAAUAUUACAAGCGUCACCAGUCCGGUGGCGUCGACAGCUAAGGACAUUCUAUCGCCGUUCUCGAAGUUCGCUAAAGGUGUUCAAACGUUAGGAGCUAACUUGGAUCCAAGAAAGCUCAAAUCAGGCAACGUGGGACUGUUGCGAAACCUCUCGGAACAUCACAUGGAGGAACGCCACAAACUUCAAGAGAAAUGGGCCACCUGUCAAUCAAGACUCAUCGCUUUAUAAACAUAUUAUCAUUCCAACGACCAGCUUUCUUCUCGCGAUCCAAUCUCAAAUAUCAAUUCGGCGCUUACUGACGCAUUGUGUGUAUUCCCGAGAAAAUUUCGAAUCUUGCAUUCGACAGCAACGCAAAUGUUAUCGCGCGCUCUUGAACGAGAAGGAGGAAUAAAGCAUUGAGAGAUUGUAUUAUAGUUUUACUACGUAGAUCGCGCGUGAUUUAAUAUGACGGGAGCAUCAUGUAGAGAGUAGCGAACAGUUUCGAUCGAAUUUUGUAGGGGAUUCUUAUGAGACUCGAUCUCACACUGCACCUAUUUCAUAUUUUCACACCUCACUCGAGUGUAGCGUUAUAUCGAUGUGAAACAUACGAAACUACUUGCCGCAGGAAUAGAUGCAAUUUUUACGCGUUACGACGCCAAGUACAAUAUGGUCAAUAUUAACUUGUGAUUAAUUGAAUUGACGAUCUAACGAAUGUUGCGCGAUUUUUUAUUGCUAGGAGAUUAUGUCAGGGCUGUCAGCGCUAUUUUCUCGACAGCGUCUAUAUCAAUUUUACUAUAUAUCCGCUGAAAUUUCUUGGCGUAUUUUUACAAUGUUUGUGAUAGCAACUUCAUGAAAUUAGCCUGUUAAAUGCUACUGAUUCGAAUUUUACAAAAUAACGAGAUGUGAAUAUUUUUUCUCCUUUAAUCCAAUUGAUGCCUCGUAUUCUUACGCACCACAAAAUUCUCUUGUUUCUAAGAGAGAGAGGAAAGAAUUUCUUUUGAAAUCUUUUUUCUUCUUAAUUGAUAUACGCGUAAGUAAAUUUUUAUAUUAAACAUACGAAUCGCUUGAAAUGCAAUUGAGACGGUUUAUUUGUACAGGAAGCCGAAGAAUGAAGCUUCGUAGUCAAUUAUGUAAAUACAGAGAUUAUUUAAAUAUAGUUUAGUAAAAAAAAAUAUAUAUAUAACAAAGUUAUAUAUAGUAAGAGAGAUAAAAAUGCGUUUGAAACGUACAUCGUUACCAGAACAAAGACGAAUAUAACUAUUAUGCUUGUUAGUUUCUUCGAGAUGUAUGUAUUCUUCGAAAUAACACGGAAAUAAUAUAAUUAUUUUGACGACAUUAGAGAACAAUACAAAUAGAACAGUUGAGAAUCUAACUCUCGAUACAAAGAGUUAAUUAUAUAUGAGUUAUAAAUCCGUGAAUAUGUGGAAUGUGAUAGUUGAUUUACACGUGUAACACGAUAGAGCUCAGUAGCGAGUUUGUGUAUUUGUAUAAUCGCGUUUGUGUUAGUGUUAUAAUUUUAGAUGCUUUAAUAGGUUGUUACAAGCUAUACAGAAUUAAAGUAUUUCAAGAGCCAGUUCAGUAUAAGAGAACGUUCAGUAUUAUAUGGAGUAUAUGCUAUAUCUACGAAACCGCAUGACAUGCUCUCUCCCUCCGUGCGUACAUAAACCACCUGACGUAGACGAAAAAUUAGGCACAAAAAACAAAUGCUGCGCAAAUCUUGCAUUCGCUGUGGGUGCGAUCCACGGCGUAAAUUAUACAGACAAUUCUCAUUGUCCGAUCAUGUAAAUAAUUGUAUCUCAUUCUGACGAUUUUCGUUUCUCUCGUGAACGUUUUGGGGAUAGCAUCGACAUUACAGCGAUCCUAAGCUAAUAUUUUUAGCGAGUGUUUUUUUUACUGCGUAAACAAUAGUCUGUGAUACUAUCUUACGGAAUACACACGGGUCUAACACACGGCGGAUCACGAAAUGUGUGUAUUCUGAAAGACGCUUUAGGACGCUUUAGAAUAAGAAUACAGUUAGGUUGUGUUUGAGUACGUAUCCCCAUGAAAGAUUUUUUAUUUCGUCAAAUUGAGCAAAUUUAUCGUUUGCUUGAUGUUAUCAUUAAUAAAAAAGAAAACAAAAAACUACAUCUGGGAGCACAACAUUGAAUUUGAACUCUGUUUAAUGUACGUUCAAUGAACACGAUGUAAGAUUCAACGCAAGUUUCUUAUUGAACCUGCGUUAUGUAUUAACACAUUUUUAGCUGUAAUAUUGAAUGUCCUACGAGACGUAGGUGAAUAAAGGAAUCCACAGAAAAAGACAUUCUGUGUGAAGUCAGAUCGUUGAUUAUCGAAGGCAAAGAUUAAUUUACAAAUUCAACAAAUUACUUCUAUUUAUUCAUGUAAAAGAAAAAAAAAAACUUUUCAUUUGUACUUUAAAUAAGAAUUAAGAUUAAUUGUUCCCUAAUACACCUAUUUUCUUUGCAGGAUAAGAACUUGCACAUUGAGACAAUUGUAUGUAGAAACUGUAGAGGCUUGAUAUAUGCCUUGUACACGUGUAUUUGCUAUUAUGUUUUCAUGAGAUUAUAAUGAAAAAAAAAUUCUUGUGUAUAUGCCGAACAGCAAACAUUGACAAUGUGUGCACUUGUAGAAUAGAUAACAAUAAAAAGCAUUUAACUUGUGGACCAUGA